AUGGCGGCGAAUACCAAAAACGAGGACGAUAAGCAAUCCGCUUCAGCAGUAUUUUCUGCCCUGAUCUUCGCCUUCUCCUCUUGCGGAGUCAUCACGACACUGCUACUAUUCUGCGGACUCUACAAAGACAUCAAAUAUCUCCUUAUCCCUUGGAUCUUCAACAUGGCCUUUUUCACCAUCAUAGAUAUAAUUUACAUUGUUUAUGGUUUAAUUGUUCACGCGCUCCAAUGGAAUCCGUCUGUGGCCAUUUUAGUUACUAUGGACUUUUUUUUGAAUACUUUAAACCUGUAUGCCUUAUUAUGUGUGAUAUCGCAGUAUCAAGAAUAUAAAGCCGGACGUGGUCGAGCUAUCGAUGACGAAAUUAUGAGGGUACCCAACAUCCAAUACAGUACGACUCAGCCGACAGCGACCAGUUACUUGAGCUCGCACACUCGCAAACCGUUAAACUACUUCGAAAAAGCUACCCCAACGCAUUCGCCCACAGCUAUGGGACCGCCCAACAGUUUGGAUGUACCAUCGGCUCUUGUUAAUAGAGGUCCAAGAAAAUCCGUCAAAUUUGGAGACAGCGCCGAAAUGACUACGACGUGGUCGGAACCGAAAUCCAGUCCCGUCAAAGGAGCGGAUACCGCUCCGCUGAUCGAUUCUAGUGCAGUUGAAAGUGGCAGGACUAUAAACGUAUGAGGGCUGUUAGAGACUGCUUUGUGAUAUGGCACACUUAUGACUUAUGUGUAUAGAUUAAUUGUAGAGUUGAUCCCGAACAAUUUAUUGACUUUGUUUUAAAGAGUUCAGAGCAGGCUCAUGACCAAAUAAAUAAUAUGUUGCGUUGCUCUAAAUACAAAAUAAUAUGUAAUUAUGUAUAAAAUUUAUGUAUAUUUUGUAAAUUUACUGUAAAAAUUUAUACUUAUAUAAGACAAUUUUUUGCUGAAAUCAUAAUGGGCAUUUUGUUUUUAUAUGAUCCAAAAAACUUAAGCUUGGUUUAAGUUUUUUGGGUCCAAACAGAGCCCCUUUUCAAUAAAAAUAAGAACAAAAUGCCAAUUUCCUAAUGUUAAUCUUUUGAGAUUUUCAACUGACGGAACUGCUUUUUAAAGAUAUAUGAGUUCGGAAUGGUACAAAGUGUCGACACUUUUUACACUAUUGACACUGUAGCGUUCGGUAAUUGGUAGGAAUAAAGCCUAGUACUCAUAACUGCGAAAUUCGCAUUUUUUUGACAUUGCUUCGACAAUUUGACGUUUGAUACACGCAUAAAACGUCAAAUUGUCAACGCAAUGUCAAAAAAAUGCGAAUUUCGCAGCUAUGAGUACUAGGCUUAAGUCUGGUGUACACUUUAUUUGCAUUGGGAGAUAAUUUGGUGCCCGAAUGGUAUAAAGAUGGUGGAACACCGUUUACUCGGUACAAAAUGAUGGUGUUUUCGGUGUCACACCGCCGAUUACACCUUCAUUGCGUGAUAUAACCCUGCACUACAAGAGCACCGCAUUAAAAUCCUAUUCCGAACUCAACUUAAAACUGCAUAGUUACGUCAACUGAAUCCAAUUCGCGUCGAUUGUAGCGGUUUUUUUUUGUACUAAUCUUUACCUUUACAACCUCUACCAAACUACUUUCAAAUAAAUGUGAUAUCUUAAAUUAAAA